AAAAAGACGACCCGUCUUUUUUACAUGUUGCUCCAUCGGGGGCGUGUCCUGUGACGUGUACAGCGGCGAGUCUUCUAAAUUCGGAGCAGCAGACAGUUCUAUGUAAUCCGCAAGCGUACACGUGAGUAAAAAGACCGACGAAAACACUCAAUAUGAAGGGAUUGAUGGUUCAAGUCAGCCGCAGUUUGGGCCGCGCCGCCCCUCUUCUCCGUCGCAGCAUCCACUCUGGCACUCGCCCAGCUUCCACGGCGACCUUAACACGGAAGGCCGAACGUCCCGUGACCUCAGAGGACAUAUACACGCGUGAGGAGAAGUACGGCGCCCACAACUACAGUCCUCUACCUGUUGCUCUGGAACGGGGAAAGGGCAUCUACGUUUGGGAUGUGGUGGGGAACCGGUAUUACGAUUUCCUCAGCGCCUACAGUGCUGUAAACCAGGGGCACUGCCACCCAAAGAUCAUUGCUGCGCUCACCGAACAGGCGUCCAGACUAACCCUGACCUCUAGAGCGUUCUACAACGACGUGUUGGGAGCCUAUGCAGAGUUCAUCACCAGCAUGUUUGGCUACGACAAAGUUUUACCCAUGAAUACAGGAGUGGAAGGGGGAGAAACUGCUUGCAAGCUUGCACGAAAAUGGGCGUACAGUGUGAAGGGAGUUCCUAGAAAUAAGGCCAAAAUAAUCUUUGCAAAGGGAAACUUCUGGGGCCGCACCAUGGCGGCCAUCUCCAGCUCCACUGACCCCAGUAGCUAUGAGGGUUUCGGUCCCUACAUGCCCGGCUUUGAACUCGUCCCGUACAACGACAUUCCUGCUCUGGAGACAGCUUUUCAAGACAAAAAUGUUGCAGCUUUUAUGGUGGAGCCCAUCCAGGGGGAAGCAGGAGUGGUGGUGCCCGACGCUGGCUACCUGACUAAAGUCAGAGAACUGUGCACAAAAUACAACGUGUUGUGGAUAGCUGAUGAGGUCCAGACGGGCUUGGCGCGGACUGGUCGGCGUCUGGCCGUGGAUCACGAGGGCGUUCGUCCAGAUAUAGUCAUUCUAGGAAAAGCUCUUUCUGGAGGAGUUUACCCUGUGUCGGCUGUACUGUGUGACGAUGACGUGAUGCUAACCAUCAAACCUGGGGAGCACGGGUCCACAUAUGGAGGAAAUCCCAUAGCCUGUCGCGUUGCUAUUGCAGCUCUGGAGGUGAUGGAGGAAGAGAAGCUGGCGGAAAAUGCUCAGAAGAUGGGAGAGGUGCUGCGGUCAGAGCUGAACAAACUGCCCAAAGACAUUGUGACGACAGUUCGGGGGAAAGGCCUCCUCAACGCCGUCGUCAUCAGAGAGACUAAAGACUACGACGCCAUGAAAGUCUGUCUACGUCUCCGUGACAACGGACUGCUGGCUAAGCCCACCCACGGUGACAUCAUCCGCUUGGCCCCUCCUCUCAUCAUCAACGAAGAGGAGCUGCAGGAAUGCAUCGAUAUCAUUCAGCGGACCAUCAUGUCCUUUUAAAUGAUAACUUCUUAUCAUUAAACUAAACAAUCCACUUUUGCUUUAGCUCAAAGCUAGUUUUUAGUGUUUUGUAGUUUCAGCUUUUAUCUGAAAAGUAGCGCCGAGUUAGAAAAUGUGUCGACACACUGACUUAAAUACAGACAGCUGUUGUACAGAAACAAGGUUUUCACAGGCUGCUAGUAGAAGGAAAAACUUUUCUUUGAGUGUGGAAUUUACAUUUUUGCUUUAGCAUGUCCGUUAAUUCUGUUUUUGUUUUUAAAAAAAGUGCACAAUUUUAACGAGAGAAAAUGUUUACCACUGAAGCAUGUAGGACGGGGUCUCAUUUACUUUAGCAAAGAAUUGAAAACAAACUUGAGAGGAUUGAAACGGAUUUGAAACUUGCAGAAAAGAGAUUUGUUUCUCUUAUUUGUCAUGUUAACAGAUUUUAUUACUAAUAUUUAGCUGAAGACUUGCUCGUCUUGUUGACUGAGCUGUUGUUGUUUGAGAGAUGUUACAAGACCAAAAAGUCGAGAUAUUAAGUUAUAAUACUUUUAAUUUUUAUGUCUUGUAAAAUGUUUAAAAAGAAGUUGCAUAAUUGCACAUUUUUUUUGUAAUCUCUAAAACUGAAGUUGCUUUAAUUUAUUAACUUACCUAACCUCAGUGUGGGCAUAAAUUAAGUAAGUUUAUUUUUGUGAAAUUGUGUUGUCACACAUUAAGGACAAUUAUAGCUGAAUUUCAGCUGAAAAUAAAAACAACUUUUGCGCUACAAAUUUAAUAAUUUAGUAUAUCUAUUUAUUGUGUUGAAUGGGAAUGACAAACUGUAAGGAUUGAAGAAUGCUUUGUGAGCACGUGGUGCAUUUAAAGACUGGGGGUUUUCAGAAUUUGCUGUUUGUACAAUAACAUGGAGGUCAUCUAUACAAGUCUACUCUCGCUGUGCUGAACUGUAACUCAUUCAUGGUCAAAUAAAUGAUUCCAGUCAUGUGGUCUGAGA